UUCCCCUUCGCGCUGGGCGCCGCGCAUGUGCGGUGGGGAGUGGCGCGAGCCCUCGGUUUCCGGCCCAAGAAAAUGAUGCAGGGGGAGUCAAGUCCUAGUACUUCCCUUAUUGACAGAACCAUCAGGAUGAGAAAAGAAACAGAAGCUAGGAAAGUGGUGUUAGCCUGGGGACUCCUAAAUGUGUCUGUGGCUGGAAUGAUAUAUACUGAAAUGACUGGAAAAUUGAUUAGUUCCUAUUAUAACGUGACAUACUGGCCCCUCUGGUAUAUUGAGCUUGCCCUUGCAUCUCUCUUCAGCCUAAAUGCCUUAUUUGAUUUUUGGAGAUAUUUCAAAUAUACGGUGGCACCAACAAGUCUGGUUGUUAGCCCUGGACAGCAGACACUUUUAGGGUUGAAAACAGCUGUGGUGCAGACUACUCCUCCACAUGAACUGGCUACAACCCAAAUGCCCCCCUCUCUGCUGCCUUCACCCUCCAUUCAGGGUCAGAGUGUGUUGAGUUACAGCCCGUCACGUUCUCCCAGUGCUAGCCCCAAAUUCACCACCAACUGCAUAACUGGAUACAGCCCUCAGCUUCAAGGCCUGUCAUCAGGCAGCAGUGGUUCCUACAGCCCAGGAAUGACCUACUCACCCAUCAGUGCUUAUAAUAAGUUGGGAAGCUUUAGCCUCUCUCCUCCUUCUCCGUACCCUGCCACCGUUGGACCUGUGGAGAGCAGCGGCCUGAGAUCUCGCUACCGGUCUCCACCCAGUGUGUACAACUCCCCUACCGACAAAGAAGGUUAUAUGACGGACCUGCGAACGCUGAAUUCUUUCCUUAGAUGUGAAGAGGAAAAGCAGCAUAGAGUUAAGCUGGGGAGUCCAGAUUCUACAUCACCUUCCACCAGCCCUACUUUCUGGAACUACAGUCGGUCUGUGGGAGAUUAUGCACAGACUUUAAAGAAGUUUCAGUAUCAGCUUGCCUGUAGAUCACAGGCCCCAUGUGCUAACAAAGAUGAAGCUGAUCUCAGCUCUAAACAAGCAGCAGAGGAGGUUUGGGCAAGAGUGACUAUGAAUAGACAACUUACUGAGCAUAUGGAUUCAUGGACAGCGAAAUUCAGAAAUUGGGUCAAUGAGACGAUAUUGGUGCCACUUGUACAAGAGAUUGAGUCUGUCAGCACUCAGAUGAGACGGAUGGGUUGUCCAGAACUGCAAAUCGGAGAGGCCAGCAUCACGAGCCUGAAGCAGGCUGCUCUAGUCAAAGCCCCGCUCAUCCCAACUCUCAACACCAUCGUGCAGUACCUCGACCUCACACCCAACCAGGAGUAUUUGGUUGAGAGGAUCAAAGAACUUUCUCAGGGAGGCUGUAUGAGUUCAUUCCGAUGGAAUAGAGGUGGAGAUUUCAAGGGACGCAAGUGGGACACCGACCUACCCACGGACUCUGCUAUCAUCAUGCAUGUGUUUUGCACCUACCUGGAUUCCAGACUGCCUCCACAUCCUAAGUACCCUGAUGGAAAAACAUUUACUUCUCAGCACUUUGUUCAGACACCAAAUAAACCGGAUGUGUCAAAUGAAAAUGUUUUCUGCAUCUCUCAGAGUGCUGUCAACCCUCCCCAUUAUGAGCUGAUCUAUCAGAGUCAUGUCUACAGUCUUCCAAAGGGCCGAAAUAAUAUGUUUCAUACAUUGUUAAUGUUCCUCUAUGUUAUUAAGACCAAAGAGUCAGGAAUGCUUGGGAGAGUUAAUCUGGGGCUGUCUGGUGUGAACAUUUUGUGGAUUUUUGGCGAGUAAUGAGUCAGUUAAUUCCAGACAUUUGAAUUUGAAUGGGACUUGACCCGAAGUUGGAUCUAAGAACCUCUGAGUCACAAGCUCCUCUGCAGUAAGAUACCCGUAUAUGUGUUUGUGUGUAAAAAAAAAACUCUCCAGACUGAAUCAAAACUCUACAUGUGUAAUGUUUCUUGUGAGAACCCGUGCUUCCCCCAGGAUAGCCUUUCAAAUUUUCCUUUUGCCUAAAAAGCUGCAUCUCUUCCAAUUUUUGUUGAUCCCAUCAGUACAGUUUUCCCCUUAAAGUCCUUUUUCGUACAACCCAACCCCCAAAUGAGAAUCAUUCACCUGAUUUUCCCCUCAGAAGUUGUGCAUAUGGUUGUUUUUUUUUGUUGUUGUUGUUUUUAAUCUCACUGUUUAGUAUAAACACUUAAACAAAUGACUAAUUUAGUUGGGGGUGUUUUGGUUGUUGUUGUUUUUUUUUUCCCUAAUUUCUAUCCUAUAUCCCUGGUGUUCUGCAAAUCAACCCAAGGUUCAUAUUUAAAGAGAUGGGCUAAGUUUCUUAGUCAUGUAUUUGUCCAUGUCUAUAUUUUUCGUUUUUUGGUUUUUUUUUUGUGAUAUUUUUCUUAUCCAUAUGUAUUUUAAAAGAAGGGUAAAAGAAGCUUCACUUUCUGGAGUUUAAAAAGCCAGCUCCUGGCUGUAGUAGCAGGCAGGAUGAAGUUGAGUUUGAGCUCAGAGUCUGAGGACAUGAAAAGAAUUGCUUUGGUUUUAACAAUAGUUCUGCUGUUACAUAUUGUUUUAUCUUAAGAGUUAAAUACCUUUAAGAACACGUAUUUGUAUGAAUUGUUUAAAUAUGUUCUAAUAUCUGGAGGGCCUUCGGCCUUUAAUAUCUGGAGCAUGAAAAGUCACCAAGGUUUUAAAUUUUGAUUUAAAUCCAUCUGUAUUUUCACAUAUGCAUACACAAGAUCUCAGGGCAGUCCGCGUGUAUUUUUAUAAGUAAAGCAUUUGAAGCUGCUCCUGUGACCACACAUAAACCUGGACACAGCCUAUGGAUCACACAUUGAUGCUAAUAUGCACCUAAUUUGACAUAAUGUGUAAAUUCUGUUUUUCAAAAAGUUAAUAUUUUAAAAGUCGCGUGUACAUAGGAAAAGAAGUUCCUCUAUUUUGACUUGUUAUCCAUGAAACAUGUUUGCUAUGCUGUAUAAAAAAAAAUUAAAUGUGUUAAUAUAAGAACAUGUUAAAAAUCUUAAGUCUGCUAUUACAAAAAAAGAUGUUACAGAGUACCAGUUUCUGUACUGCUAAACUAUUCAAUGCAUAGUUUUCA